AUGUAUACUCUUUUUCGCUUAGCUUUCUGUGAAAUUGAAAUAAAAAUAAUAAAAAAUCUUGUUCGAAAUAUAAUAGAAAAUAAUUCUCAAACCUAUCAAUCUAAAGCUUUAAAUAAAGAUGAAGUUGUAAGAGAUGAACCAGAUUCUGGUGAAUUUAUUUCAAGUAGCAAAUUUUGGAAAGAUUCUGAAACAAGAAUUGGCAACAAUAAAACUAGUAACCAAGUAGAAUCCAAAAUUCAGCAUAUUAAAAGUGAUGUCGAGAACCAAGCCAUUUCAAAAAGUAAAAAACAAAAAGGUUUUGAACUUAAUCAAAUGUAUUUAGAUGAGCUAAAAUCAUUAAAAGAAGCUAAAAAAGUAAGUUUAGAUAUAGCAAAAAAAUGCUUAAAAUGGGAAAAAGAAAAAUUACAAGAGUUAUUAGAAUGGGAAAAACAAAA